UCUGCCUCUGAUAAUCAUUCGUUCGAUCUCCUUCAGUCCACUUCCAUUUCGCGCAUCCGUUAAUCACGUAUCCAAAACCAUUGGCAAUGAGCCGAAGAGACGCCAAACCCUACUCCCGUCCCGAGGUCGACGGCCAGUGGAAACAUGAUCUCCAUCAAACAGCCCAAAGCACCCUUCUCGACCGCAUAGCCCCUUCUCCAGGACAGUCUCUCGCUUCCAGGCUCACAGGCGGGAAGAAGGAACUCUUCCCGGAUUCUUCAUCUUCUCCAAGUUCCGGCAGGGCUGCCGGUAGAGGUUCCAACGCGGGCGUUGAACUUCUCCCCGCUGGGGGACCUGCUGCUGGUCAGGCAUCCACAGGAAGAACCAGAGGAGGGCCUGUCAGGGGCGUUGGAGUGGACCAAAAGAGCCGAGAAUUGCUGAAUGACGCUUUGGGUGUUGGAGCAAGAAGAUCAACGCGACCUCAGCAACCCCGCAAGUCCCAGGUGUCAAUAAUGGGUGCUGCAAAGACCACAGUCUGGGUGCGAGUGGAGAACCUUGCUCCGGGCACCACUGCUGAAGAUGUUAUUUCUGCCUUUGCUCCUCUUCCCAUCCUUAACGCUACCCAAUCAAACCCCAUCAAUUCUCCUACCGUGUCCAUUGAUCUCGAGCUUGAGAACAGAAACGAUGCCGAAGAGCUCAUCAAACAAUACAAUGGAGUUGUGGCCGAUGGCAACACUCUUAAAGUAUCCAUCGUUAACAACCUCAAGAACCGACUAGGCGGAGGCUCAGCAGUGAAGGUUGGCGCGAACAUGGACAAUGUUGCAGGCCAGGAGCUUUUGAGCAGUGCCAAGUCUAGUAAACUCUACUCUGACAUGGUGCUUGCAACCGAUCCGAACGCAGCAAUUAUUACUGUUGCUGACGAACCAGAGCCUUCAUCUUUUAACGCACCUCGUGGAAGGGAAGGAAGGGGUGGAAGGGGUCGACCUGUCAAUGCUUUGGCUGCGAGAAUGGGAAAUGGAGGAGCCCGAGGUUGGGCGAGAUAAUUAAACAGCAGAAAAAGGCCAUCGUGUCGUCGUCUCAUAUGGAUGUGAACUAUUUUUGGGCACCUGUAGUCAUCAGAGGUAAUGAUUCGAUGUUUCCAUCGGACAGUAUGGAUAGACUUGGGUCUU